GCCCGAACCUUCCCAGGGCUCAGCUCUUCGGAGCUGCCCAUUCCUCCGGCUGCGAGAAAGGACGCGCGCCCUGCGUCGGGCGAAGAAAAGAAGCAAAACUUGUCGGGAGGGUUUCGCCAUCAACCUCUUCCCGCAAACCUAAACCUCCUGCCGGGGCCAUCCCGAGACAGAGGAAAGUUCCUGCAGAGCCGACCAGCCCUAGUGGAUCUGGAGCAGGCAGCGGCGCUGGCUGUGGAAUUAGAUCUGUUUUGAACCCAGUGGAGCGCAUCGCUGGGGCUCGGAAGUCACCGUCUGCGGCCACCGGGGUGGCGCUGCCCGAGUGGAACCGACAGUUUGCGAACCCCGGCUGCAAGUGGCCUUUCCUCCCCACAGUUGUUGUUCAGUGUCGGGUGAGGGCUGCGAGUGUGGCAAGUUGCAAAGAGAGCCCCAGAGGUCCGAAGAGGGCUGCGCUCCUACUCGCGUUCGCUUUUUCCUCUUCUCGGUUCCCUACUGUGAAAUCGCAGCGACAUUUACAAAGGCCUCCGGGUCCCACCGAGACCGAUCCGCAGCGCUUGGCCUGGUCGCGCCUAUUGCAUCGGGAGCCCCAGAGCACCGGCGAAGGACUGGCGGGAGGGGUAGGGAGGUGGCGGCGGCGGCAUGGCGAGGUUCCCGAGGGCCGACCUGGCCGCUGCAGGAGUUGUGUUACUUUGCCACUUCUUCACGGACCAGUUUCAGUUCGCCGAUGGGAAACCCGGAGACCAAAUCCUUGAUUGGCAGUAUGGAGUUGCUCAGGCCUUCCCUCACACAGAGGAGGAGGUGGAAGUCGAUUCACAUGCGUACAGCCACAGGUGGAAAAGAAAUUUGGACUUUCUCAAGGCGGUAGACACGAACCGAGCAAGCGUCGGCCAAGACUCUCCUGAGCCCAGAAGCUUCACAGACCUGCUGCUGGAUGAUGGGCAGGACAAUAACACUCAAAUCGAGGAGGAUACAGAUCACAAUUACUAUAUAUCUCGAAUAUAUGGUCCAUCUGAUUCUGCCAGCCGGGACUUGUGGGUGAACAUAGACCAAAUGGAAAAAGACAAAGUGAAGAUUCAUGGAAUAUUGUCCAAUACUCAUCGGCAAGCUGCAAGAGUGAAUCUGUCCUUCGAUUUUCCAUUUUAUGGCCACUUCCUACGUGAAAUCACUGUGGCAACCGGGGGUUUCAUAUACACCGGAGAAGUUGUACAUCGAAUGCUAACAGCCACACAGUACAUAGCACCUUUAAUGGCAAAUUUCGAUCCCAGUGUAUCCAGAAAUUCAACUGUCAGAUAUUUUGAUAAUGGCACAGCACUUGUGGUCCAGUGGGACCAUGUACAUCUCCAGGAUAAUUAUAACCUGGGAAGCUUCACAUUCCAGGCAACCCUGCUCAUGGAUGGACGAAUCAUCUUCGGAUACAAAGAAAUUCCUGUCUUGGUCACACAGAUAAGUUCAACCAAUCAUCCAGUGAAAGUCGGACUGUCCGAUGCAUUUGUCGUUGUCCACAGGAUCCAACAAAUUCCCAAUGUUCGAAGAAGAACAAUUUAUGAAUACCACCGAGUAGAGCUUCAAAUGUCAAAAAUUACCAACAUUUCAGCUGUGGAGAUGACCCCAUUACCUACAUGUCUCCAGUUUAACAGAUGUGGCCCCUGUGUAUCUUCUCAGAUUGGCUUCAACUGCAGUUGGUGUAGUAAACUUCAAAGAUGUUCCAGUGGAUUUGAUCGUCAUCGGCAGGACUGGGUGGACAGUGGAUGCCCUGAAGAGUCAAAAGAGAAGAUGUGCGAGAAUACAGAACCAGUGGAAACUUCUUCUCGAACCACCACAACCAUAGGAGCGACAACCACCCAGUUCAGGGUCCUAACUACCACCAGAAGAGCAGUGACUUCUCAGUUUCCCACCAGCCUGCCUACAGAAGAUGAUACCAAGAUAGCACUACAUCUAAAAGAUAACGGAGCUUCUACAGAUGACAGUGCAGCUGAGAAGAAAAGUGGAACCCUCCACGCUGGCCUCAUCGUUGGAAUCCUCAUCCUGGUCCUCAUUAUAGCCACAGCCAUUCUUGUGACAGUCUAUAUGUAUCACCACCCAACAUCAGCAGCCAGCAUCUUCUUUAUUGAGAGACGCCCAAGCAGAUGGCCUGCGAUGAAGUUUAGAAGAGGCUCUGGACAUCCUGCCUAUGCUGAAGUUGAACCAGUUGGAGAGAAAGAAGGCUUUAUUGUAUCAGAGCAGUGCUAAAAUUUCUAGGACAGAACAACACCAGUACUGGUUUACAGGUGUUAAGACUAAAAUUUUGCCUAUAUCUUUAAGACAAACAAACAAACACACACACACAAACAAGCUCUAAGCUGCUGUAGCCUGAAGAAGACAAGAUUUCUGGACAAGCUCAGCCCAGGAAACAAAGGGUAAACAAAAAACUAAAACUUAUACAAGAUACCAUUUACACUGAACGUAGAAUUCCCUAGUGGAAUGUCAUCUAUAGUUCACUUGGAACAUCUCCCGUGGACUUAUCUGAAGUAUGACAAGAUUAUAAUGCUUUUGGCUUAGGUACAGGGUUGCAAAGGGAUCAGAAAAAAAAAAAAAUCAUAAUAAAGCUUUAGUUCAUGAGGGAUCGACACCUUUGGUUCAAAUGUUCUCUGAUGUCUCAAAGAUAACUGUUUUCCAAAGCCUGAACCCUUUCACUCAAAAGAGCAGUGAUGAAUGUCUCAAGAUUGCUAAGAAAAACAGCUCAUGCAGGAGUGAAAACAAACACAAAAUAAGAGAUUUUCUACAUUUUCAAAACAGAUGUGUGGCAAAAGGAUGUUGUUUUUCUGGUCUAGAUCCAUCUGUACCAACAAAUUCAUCACUUCACAGAACGAAUCUUUUUAUCUGUACAGGAGGUUCAAACUAUGUCUGCCUCUUCGUUCGUAAUGAAUGACCUUUCUAUGAGCUGUGACAAAAUUUCUGAACAAUUAGCUAAGGAUUUGGGAAGAGGGGGUGGCAAACAGGGCUUUCUGUUUCCCUGCCUCAGCAUAAAAACAUCUGAUUUAUGCUUUAUGGAAGCCUUACCUCCAUUCCCCAACUGUGAAGUCCCAUGAAACCACAGUUGCUCUGGGCUGAUGGAAACAAAAGGAAACAGUAUGAAGAGUUCCUUAAUCAUUUUUGAAACAAAAAUGUUAAGGGAUUUUUAACAUAUGGUUAUUUUUAAUUUUAUGCCGUUUCAGUACUAAAGACCCAUUUCAUUGCUGAUUCCUGUCUAAGAAGCCAUUCACGUCAGCAUGGCGAUAAAAAGAAUGAAAAAACCCUGCUGAAUCAUACAGUAAUUUUCUUUAAAGCACAUAGUAGUUACAUAAAUAUAUAUAUAUAUAUAAAUAUAUUUUUGUUUAUAACUAACACAAGGCAGGAUCUUGUGACUCUAAGAGUGCAUUUUGUCAUCAAGACAAAACAGAUGCAAGAUGCAUCGCUGCAUUACUUCCAUAGAGUUGUAAAAUAAUCCUUAAUAUUAGAAUAUUUUUCUGUCACUUAGCAAAAGUGGGUCAGUUCAUUGCCACGCCCAUGAUGUUCUUGACUAUUUGAUCCACUUUUUCGUUCAUGUCAACCCCUUCCCUGUCUGGCUAUAUAAAGUGGAUGCAGAAAACUCCUUAAAUGGAGGUAUCAAUUGCCUUGGAAUCACAAUCCUGAUUUUGAAAAUUCCCCAUGAAUAAAGAAAGGAAUGGCAUCCCUUGAGAACGAAAGUAGUUAAUAUAUAUACUGAGCUCCUAAAGUUUAAAUUCAGGUACUGAGUGUACAAUUUCGCCAACAUUCCAACCCAUGAAACUUUUACACUCUGUGCCAAGAAACUGUUGGCUUUUGUAAGGUACAGUGCUCAACAUUUGCAGAUUCAGGUCUCAAGAAGCAGAGAUGUCUCAUAAGCAGUAUUUUCCCAACAGUUUAGCAUCUGUACACAUCUGCCUUGGACAUCAGUCCACUCACAGAGUACCAUACUUUAUCAUUACGAGUGUCUCACGUGAACGAAUGCCAUUUUCUAUUCCAUAUAUUUUGCUUUACAAUUUUAAGUAUUUGAUGAAGAUGGUAACUUUUUCCUAACUUAGUUAACUAUUACAAAAAAAAAUUUGAAAAGCAA